AUGGUCGCCGCUGCCUUGAUCUCCGCCGCCGCUUUAGUCGGUGUCGCUCUCGCUUCACCCAUCAACAUCGCUAGAGAGUUGAAUCAGAACUACAAGACGGAUAUUACCAUCCACGAGAGCUGUAAUGCUACUCAGAGAAGGAUCCUCGAGAAAGCUUUGUCUGACACGUUCGAGGUCGCCACCGUCGCUCAAGAAUACGUAGUCAAGAAUGGAGCUGAAGAUCCGGUAUUCCAGAAAUACUUUGGUAAAGCGAAAGAAGCCUACUCCACGGUUGUCGGUGUAUGGGAGUCUCUUUUGACAUCGAAUAAGGAUGGCGUGAUCUUCAGAUGUGAUAACCCCGACGGAAACUGUGGUCAAGCAGGAUGGAGAGGUCAUUGGAGAGGUGACAAUGCCACUCUGGAAACUGUCAUUUGUGAUCUGUCCUACACGGACAGGUAUUUCAAUGAAUACUUCUGUAUGAACGGAUACACCGUAGCCGGAAGUCCGCUCGGUACCCACUGGUCCAUCGAUUUGAUCCACCGAAUGUUCCACGUCCCUACCAUCACCAACGAACUUGUCGGUCACUACUCGGAGGACUACGCUUCAGCUCUUGAGCUCGCCGAGCACAACGCCACUUACUCACCUAUUGAUUCUGACGCCCUUCAAGCGUUCGCCGCUCAUGUCUACGCUGUCGAAGUCGCUCAAGGCGGGGAUGCUUGUAUUGGUCAACCUGCCGAAUCCCAUGACCACGCCACAUCUGCUAGUCCCUCCUCUACUUCUUCUCAAGCUGCCUCUGCUACCAGCGCUGCUGCUGAAGCCUGUCACACCCAUGCUGAUGGUGCUGUCCACUGUGAAUCAGACGAUGCAAACUCAGCUUCGUCAACUGCCGCUGCAGCUGCCGCUCAGACCUCAGCUGCCGGAGACUGUCACACUCAUGCUGAUGGCACCGUGCACUGUGUAUAG